CGGCACGAGAAUCGGACCCAACCAGUCUUAAUCAGAGUACACGAAGAUCCUUUUUUUCCUUUCCUCUUCAGAGGUACGCUGGGUCUGAUCUCUCCUUCCUCUCUCUCUGUCCGUGUCAUCGUCGAGAUCAUGAAGCUCGUCCCGGUCCUGUUGCUUGUCGCAGCGAUCGUUUUCGCCGCCGAGGAGAAGAAGGAGGAAGAACGUCCUAAAACGUUUAGAAGACUCAUACCUGCUGACGUUCUUCGCGAUUUCCCCGGUAUGUGCUUCGCCUCAACAAGAUGCGCUACCAUCGAACCAACGAAAUCCUGGGAUUUGACACCAUUCUGCGGCCGUUCCACUUGCGUGCCAGCCGACGAUAACUCUGGUCGCCUCUUCGAACUCGUUGAAGACUGUGGACCGCUGCCGAAGGCUAACCCGAAAUGCAAACUGUCAGACAAAACUAACAAGACUGCCACGUUCCCAGACUGCUGUCCCAUUUUCGAAUGCGAAGAAGGAGCGAAACUCGAAUAUCCGGAAAUUCCGACUUUGCCUCCACCCACGGAAAUCGUAGAGACCGAGAAAACUCCGGAAGCGACUCCGGCGAAGGCUUAAAUUUUUAAUUUAAAAAAAAUUUCAAAGAAACGAAAAAAAUGCAGGUCGUGACUUUUGUAAACUACAAUAAAUUGAACGGUCGAUUAAAAGGUAGAAGUCGAAGAUCUGUUAUCGUAUUCUGAGAUAACUGUUUUUAAUAACUGAAACAGGAAAAAAUAAUUUUAGUUGAGAUUUUUUGUCGAAAAGAACGGUAACGUCUUUACUUAAAGCAAAAAGAAUAUGUAUUACUUUUAACGUCGCGCAUCGAUACCCGUUGUUUCAUCACGAGAAGGCGGUUUACUGCAACAUCCUGUUACCCUUCAACGCAAUUCGACUUAACUUAAUGCGAGACUAAAAUUAUAUACUGUAUAUAAUUCAGGAGUUAACUCGAAGAACUUAUCAAAAAAUAGCAAAACAUACAUAGCUUAGAUAAAAGUAAGCGUAUUGUUAACAUUAUCAUUGAUAAACGAUGGUGUACAAGUAAUAUCAGUGUUUCGGAAUCUGUUCGAAAAUAUUGAGUUUCUUCAGUCUCCUAGUCCUGGAAGUCGAGACUUAGAUGCUCCUAUAGCCGUUUUGUUAUUCCCUUCUCCAAACAAUAAUUGUCACAUAGGAAAUUAAUUCUUUCUUUUUCUCCAAAAGUAGAAAGUCUUGCGUAUGUAAUGUAAAAACAUGUGUGACUGUAAUUAUAUGUGAUUAAAUUAAUACUUAUUUAAUUCAAUACUA